AUGGCGGAGAGGUUACCAUUGAUAUUCGUUCUUGCUUCACAUUUGCUCAUAACGGGAGUCUUGUCGGUGAGUAAACUUACGAUAGAGAACAAAUGCGACCACACCGUGUGGCCGGUAAUCUUCUCAUGGCAGUCACAGGUCUCCACCACCGGCUUCACCCUCGAGAAAGGGGAGGCGCGUGACAUACAAGCGCCGUCUUCAUGGUACGGUCUUAUCUCGGGUAGGACGCGCUGCUCAAACGACUCAACCGGAAACUUCUCGUGCGCCACGGGAGACUGCGAAUCCGGCACUAUCGAGUGUCCCGGCAAUUACGGUUGGGCUCAGGUGACUUAUCUCUACUUUAGAAUCGACAACGGCGGAGCCGGAGUCAACAGCCACACCGUCAGCGUCGAGUACGGCUACAACCUUCCGGUAAUGGUGGUCCCGUCACAGAGUAGCCCGACAUGUAUGAGCUCAGGCUGUGUGGUUGACUUGAACAAGACUUGUCCAGAGGAUCUCAAGAAGCUCUCUAAUAGAGGCAAACCAAUCGCAUGUAGCAGCGCGUGCCAGCAAUCUAAUACACCGGAGGCUUGCUGCAACCGUGACUUCAAGUCAAAGCAAAACUGCAAGCCGACAGUGUACACGCAGAACUUCGAGCGCGCUUGUCCACUCGCUCAUAUCUACACAUACGACGAUAACAACAGCACCUUCACGUGCCCAAAGUCCACUGACUACGUCAUCACCUUUUGUCCUUCCUCUAAUCCCAACUAG